UGAAGAUCAUGCUCUACCUGUGUGGUCACGGCUCCUCCUCCUUCCUGCUCAUCCUCAAGCGCAACCCCACCUUCAUCCAGGAAGCUGCAGUGUUCACGGGGCCCCCGGAUCCUCUCCAUGGGAACAGCUUGUACCAGAAAGUGCGGGCGGCCGCCCAGGACUUGGGGAGCACCUUGUUCUCAGAUACCUUGUCUCCUCCCUCCCAGCCUCCCAGGGCCCUGCCUCCAGCAGGCAUGGGCUCUCAGUCCAGGCCCCAGAACACUCUCCAGGGCUUCGGCUACAGCAAGGAGGGGGGCCACACAGGCUCUAUGGGCGAGACCUUUCUCUCCACCAUCCAGAAGGCUGCAGAGGUGGCCAGUGCCUUGUGCCCUGGGUCCGAGAGCCCCAGCACCCAGGGGCCCCUGCUGCAGGGUGACACCUACCAGCCUGCUAUGACGCCUUCAGCCAGCCACUGCCACCCCACUCCUGGGAACCCACUCCCUGGAGCCAUCCAGGGUUCCCGAGCAGUGAGACAUCAGCCUGGGCAGGCCGGCGGGGGCUGGGAGGAGCAGGACAGCAGCCCCGGAUCUCAGAGCUCUUCCCAGGAGAACAGCCAGAGCAAGGCCUCGGAUGUGGGCAGUCGGUCAGGCAGUGACAGCCCCUCAGGAGCCAGCCGGGCACCCAGCGACCUGGCCGAGAGGGUUGAGGCCAUGAUCCUGAGCGACUGCCAGCAGGAGCUGAGCCUGGUCCAAAUGGUGACACAGGGGCCACGCCCCUUCCUGAGCCAAGAUGAGGCACAGUGCUUCGUCAAAGAGUGUGGGCUGCUCAACUGUGAGGCUGUGCUGGAGCUGCUGAUCCGCCACCUGGGCGGGACCAGCGAGCAUGUGCAGAUGAGAGCCCUGGGUGCCAUUGCCUCCCUGGGGUGCACAGACCUGCUCUCGCAGGAGCACAUCCUGUUCCUCACCCGGCCACGCCUGCAGGAGCUCAGUGCUGGCAGCCCUGGACCCGUGACCAACAAGGCCACCAAGAUCCUAAGGCAUUUUGAAGCCUCCUGCCGACAGUGUCCCCCUGCCCGGAGACCCCUUGCUGAGCCCAGCCCCGAAGCCAUCCAUGUGGGCCCAUCUGACCUGCUGACUGACACUGUGCCCUUCGCCGGGGCCCCAGCCUUUCUCCAGCCUCUGAGUUCAACCCCGUUCUCACCCAAAGGUCCUACAGCCCCUCCGUCCCUGGAUGGGUGCUCCCUUCCAGCUCUCAGGGACGCCAGGGAGGCUGACACCAGACUGACAGGUUCCAGAGAGCAGGAGGUCAGCUCUGAGCAGGGCCUAUUGGGCACGGACACUCCGAACGGAGGACCAGAGCUCGGCCCAGGCCCGGGUGACUGCCUGUGGAGCCCGGUGGCCAGUGGCAGCCACAAUUCCUUGUUUGCUGGCAUGGAGCUGGUGGCCUGUCCCCACCUGGUGGAGGCCAGGACUGCUGUGGAGGAGCCCCUUCAUCCCCCUUGGACAUUGUCACAGAGGGUGGCAGCCAAAGGGCCUCCCAGCUCAGAGCCAUCAGCUUUUGCGUUCUUAAACUCCUGACCCAGGACCCCAUGACCACACCGUUCCCUCUGCCCUCAGCCCUGGAUGUGUACAUUGGCCUCUUCCUCACCCUGAUGCCUCGGUGCAGGGAGCCACCUAGCUAGGUGGGCUUGGUGUGGAUGAGCCAUCCAGGAGUGAGAGUAGGAGCCCACCAACUGGGCAGAACUGCAUGGUGGCCAGGGAACAGCUCACAGGGCUUGCAGACUGGGCGGGACGCACAGAGCCGUGCCGGUUUCUAGGCAGAAUCGGGAGCUGAGCUCUGGUUAUGAUUGGCAUCCGGUGGGCCCUGGGCUGCUGGGCCACCUGCCUCACAGCCAUCUGGUCUGAGGACUUUAGCACACUGUCUGUGCAUGUGGUCCCAUCUGCAAACACUGUUGGGCCCUUUGGUGGGCAGAGGGUGCCCCUUGGCCUCCCAGGGGGGGCGGGACAGGAAAGGAGGCCUGGU